UUUGACACCAAAAGCAAAACAAAAACAUAAAUCUGCCUCCCCGACCGCCAUCGAAACGCGUAGUUUUGCAGAAAGUUAACGAUUGAAGCAGCUAAAAAUGGCAGAAAGCGGUGCGGAUGGAGAGCCGAAGCGGGAGUUUGUGGUGCCGGAAAAGCUGAUCAAAUCACCGAUGGAUAUGGAGCUGUGGCAAAUGUCGGAAUGCUAUUACGAUCUGCUCGGCUUCAUUAGCAGCAUGUCGGUUGCGUUGCAGGGUACACGCAACAGUCAGGAGGUGGCAAUUCCACCCGUCGUGGAGAAGCUAAUGCAAGCGCUGGACCGGCUUGAGCAGCUGGCAAUCGAAACGCCACCGAUCGAUCAGCCGGCCCGGUUCGGUAAUGUUGCGUUCAAAAGCUGGUUUCAAAAGAUGCAAUCGGAAAGCAUGCAGCUCGUUAGCGAUGCACUGCCGGACACGCUGAAGGAUGCGGCGAAGGAGCUGUGCGUGUACUUUGUCGAUUGUUUCGGGAAUCCGACGCGCAUUGAUUACGGCACGGGGCAUGAGCUGGCUUUCGUUAUGUUUCUGAUGUGCUUGUUCAAGACUGGGGCUGUUGAGCGGAAAGAUGAGGUUGCUGUCGGGUUGAAGUUGUUCCAGAAGUACAUCAUCCUGGCAAGAAAGCUGCAGGUAACGUACCGAAUGGAGCCGGCCGGCAGCCACGGUGUGUGGAGUUUGGACGACUUUCAGUUCGUGCCGUUCAUCUGGGGCAGUGCGCAGCUGGCCGUAAAUAGCCCGAUCGAACCGGCCCAGUUUGUGGAGGAGAAAUGGAUUACCAAGUACAAGAAGGAGCUGAUGUUCGUCGGGUGCAUCGAUUACAUACAGCAGGUGAAGACGGGCCACUUUGCCGAACACUCGAAUCAGCUGUGGAGCAUCAGUGCCGUACCGCAGUGGUCAAAGAUCUGUACCGGGCUGAUUAAGAUGUACCAGAAGGAGGUGCUGUCGAAGUUUCCCGUAAUUCAGCACGUUUACUUCGGGUCUAUACUUACGCUGAAAACGGUCAAGCCGGGCACAAUGUUGCCUAGUCCGCGGUUGGGAAUGCUUCCCCGGCAGCAGCAGCAGCGUCCGGCUCCGCCUGCAGUACCACCGCCACCCGCCUUACCCGGUGGUGAUGGAAUGUGA